GAGGGGGAGAUGUUCACUAAGACCAGCUGCUAUCACUACUUUCACUCCCACUGCCUCGGACGCUACGUCAGCCACUCGGAGCGGGACCUCCGUCAGCGGGAGAAGGAGCUGGAGGAGGACAAGACCCGAGACAGAACCCUCCAGCAGGACCUGAGCGUGGUGUGUCCCGUGUGCAGAGAGCCUCUGACCUACGACCUGCGUCUGCUGCUGUCCUCUCCUGCUCCUCAGCUGCCCGAGCUCGACGAGGCCGCUGUCGGCUCCCACUUUCAGCAGAAGUGGGGCGAGCUGCAGAAGCUUCUGGACAAACAAAGAUCUAAAGGUGGAAUCAUCGACCCUGAGGUGGAGUCAACCCGCUACCUGAUCCACAUCCAGGUGAGACCCUCACACACCUGACCCUAGACCUCUCCU